AUCAGUUCACCAGCGCGUGUGUGUGCGGCGAAUUUAAAGCAAAAGGUGGUUAUGGAAAAGCAGUAUCAUAUUAUUAUCUUCUGUGCACUUUUGUCUGUGCACCUAUCAUUUGUCCAAGGCGCCAGACAGGGUCAAGACGUCAAAUGUGGAGCAUGCAGGGCGUUAGUUGAUGAAAUGGAGUGGGAAAUAUCGCAAAUCGAUCCCAAGAAAACAAUCCAGACUGGAUCAUUUAGGAUCAAUCCUGAUGGCAGUCAGUCAGUACGAGAGGUCCCAUACUCUCGCUCAGAGGGUCAUCUACUCGAGUUGAUGGAAGAGGUUUGUGAGAAGAUGAAUGAUUACGGUGAACGCGUCGAUCCUGUUACUGAUCGGAAGACAUACGUGAGACACACGUCCCGGGACGGCACGGCAAUGGACCUCUCUGAUGUGGCGUUUGACUCCAGAGUCAGCUCCAGCUUAAAGUUUGCUUGUGAAACAAUCGUGGAGCAGCAUGAGGAUGAACUUAUUGAAUUCUUUGCUCAUGAGACGGACAAUGUAAAAGACAAGCUCUGCAGUAAGAGGACAGAUCUCUGUGACCACGCGCUGAACAUCCAUCAUGAUGAGCUCUAACACGAGUCUGCAGCUUCACCUAUGGAGAAUAAUGUGUGAGGAAGCUGAGCCUAUGUAAUGUACUGGACCCCAUGGGUUACUGUUGACCUGUUCAGCUGUAUCAAUGGCUUCUCCAUCACAACUGUUCAUCGUCAUCAAUUAAAGCUGACUUUCUACAGCUGAAGCGAGAUCUCUUCUCGAGUCUCUCCAAUGGCGUACUUUUGUAUUUAAAACACAUUUGAGUGCACUUAGUGUUUAGUUUAGAAAACGUCUUGCAGGAUAUUUAUUAAAAGCGCAGAGUUCUUAUUAGUUUGUCUUUGUAUUUGAAUCUGACCAGAUUACUAGUCUUAAAGGGCUCGUUCACACAAAAAUGAAAAUUCUGUCAUCAUCUAUUGAUGUUUGAGAUGGUUUCUUCUGUCUAACAAAAAAA